CCAUCAGGUAUGCCUUCCACUCUAUGUUUCUCAACACUCAUCCCUCAAAUCCAUCAGAGCCAGUCCUUACCCAGAGUGUUCAAGGCAAUUCUUUUAAAAGGGGAAUACAAUCUGAAAGCUAAAUUCAUUGAAGCCCCUCACGGUGGAUAUCUUCUUGUUGAUAUCAUGAAAGUACUGGUGGAGGGACCGAGUCAGAUCAACUACCAGCAUUUACAUUAACCUAAUCUGUAAAUCAUUGGGCAUUGCCAAAGUGGGAAUGUAUAUUGGCAUUGUGUGCUCAAUCUGUAAAUAUGGUUUUCAUGGACAAACUGAGGAGAGCAGUGAAUGAGAUCGCUUAUAGUCAAGAUCACAGUAAGCUUCCAACUCUGCACCGCUCUCUCGUGCCUCUACUCUCUCUGGCUUCUUCUCUCUACAAAGUUGCCCUCUUGAUUCGGCACCAUCUCUACCAGUUUGGCGUCUUCUCCAAGCACAGGUUGCCAGUUCCGGUGAUAAGCGUUGGGAAUUUAACAUGGGGAGGCAAUGGGAAGACACCAAUGGUGGAGUUCAUUUCUCUCUGGUUAGCUGAUUCAGGACUUUCACCUCUCAUUCUUACUAGGGGUUAUGGUGGUGGUGAUGAAGCUAGAAUGCUUGAAAGACAUCUACUUGGCCGACCUGCAAAGAUUGGUGUUGGUCCAGACAGAGCAGCUGUGGCUGCUUCUUUCUUUGAAAAAUAUGGCUGCUUAGAUCCUCUGAAUAGUAUUUUAUUUGAGAGAAUUGGCCCUAAACAGAAAUUGGGAGAUCACCCUAGUUCAGAGAAUAUUGGUGCUGUAAUUCUAGAUGAUGGAAUGCAGCAUUGGAGGUUGAAGCGUGAAUUGGAGAUCGUAAUGGUAAAUGGGCUAAUGCCAUGGGGAAACCAUCAAUUACUUCCACUCGGACCCUUAAGAGAACCUUUGACAUCACUUAGACGUGCUGAUGUUGCUGUAGUCCAUCACUCAGACCUGGUUUCAGAACAAAAGGUCAAAGAUGCCGUGUUAUCGAUGCGAGAAAUCAAUGAAUCUCUUCCAAUAUUCUUCUCUAGAAUGUCUCCUUCUCACUUCUUUGAAAUAGGAAAUAUCAAUGCCAAUAUACCUCUGAGUGUUGUACACAAUGUUGCUGUGCUAUGCGUUUCUGCAAUUGGUUCUGCAAAUUCUUUUGUAAGAGGGAUGGAGAAGGUCGGGUCUUUUUUUGUUGAUCAACUAGACUUCAGUGAUCAUCACUCUCUUCAAGCCGAAGAUGUUGAGAAGAUUAGUAUGAGAGUGAGAGAUCUCGAGCUCAAGUUUGGUAUCGAGACAAUUGUUGUAGUGACAGAAAAGGAUUAUGAUCGAGAUCCAGUGAUUCUGAAGCAGUUGGAACCUGUUAAGGUGUUCGUACUCUGUUCCAAGUUACAAAUUGUUCCUAAAAAUGGUUACACUGAGGAUAGCUUCAAAAAUUUGUUGAAGGAGUUACUGAAGGCAAGAUUAUCACACACAGGGUAGAUUGUAGCUUCUUGGGGCAUCCCUCUGGCCUGGUCCUUUGUUAAGAUAGUGUUGUGUGGAAGAGAAGGAUGUUAACUUCUUCAAGGCCUUUCAUCUGCUAGCUUUUAGUUUUCUUAGUUCAUUCUUUUUUUUUUGUUAGACUCUGAUUCUACAAUUUAUUGGAUCAGAAAUUUGUAUGGUGAUUGGUUCGCAGAAUGCAAAAUAUGGGGAUUCAUACACUAACUCAUCUGAAUCUUGCCAACAACUCUGACAGAAGUUUCAUGGAAGCCCCUUUGGAUUCUUGACUCUCA